GCUUUGCUCAGUCUUAUAAAACCAGUUGCCCGGCGAGUGCUCGUCGUCAAAAGUAAUCGAGAGUUCGAGCUUGACUGUGAAAAUUUUCGAAUCAAGAAGAAAAGUAGUGUCCUUAUAAUCGAAUCUUUUGAAGGUCGCGGAGGAUUUCCACGGUGAAUUUGGUAAACGUUUCGCAAGUGAACGAAUCUUUGUUUGGCUUCGGAAAUUGUCGCUGAUAGAAGUUUCCAAGGCGCGUAAAUCAGCGAACAACAGGAAGGAUGGGAAAAGAUUUCUACAAGAUUCUGGGAGUUUCCCGAACAGCUUCGGACGAUGAAAUCAAGAAGGCGUACCGGAAGUUGGCGCUGAAAUAUCAUCCGGACAAGAAUAAGAGUCCACAGGCCGAGGAACGGUUCAAGGAAGUUGCGGAAGCUUAUGAGGUGCUGUCGGAUAAGAAAAAGCGAGACAUCUUUGACCAGUAUGGUGAGGAAGGGCUGAAGGGAGGAAUCGGGGGUGGUCCCGGAGGAAGUCACGAUAACAAUGGAUCGUUCACCUAUGAGUUCCAUGGUGAUCCGAGGGCCACGUUUGCUCAGUUCUUCGGAACGAGUGAUCCAUUUGGUUCGUUCUUUGGAAACAACCUUGGAGGGUCGAACAUUUUCUACCAAGAACUAGGAGGAGAUAUGGAUGAUCCGUUCGGAUUUGGAGACCGAGGAAUGGGAGGAGGAUUCCCAGGAGCAUUCCGAUCGCAGUCUUUCAACAUGCAUGGAGGUGGAUCGCCUAAUCGAAAACAUAAACUGCAAGAUCCAGCCAUUGAGCACGAUCUGUAUGUUACGUUGGAAGAUGUUUAUGGCGGCUGCCAGAAAAAGAUGAAAAUCUCUAAAAUGGUAAUGUCCCAGGACGGAUCGGCGCGAAAGGAGGAGAAGAUUCUCAGCAUCAAUGUAAAGCCAGGUUGGAAAGCUGGAACGAAAAUAACUUUCCCCAAGGAAGGCGACCAAGUCCCGGGAAAAGUACCAGCUGAUAUUGUUUUCAUCAUUCGAGAUAAACCUCAUCCGAACUUCAAGCGCGAAGGAAGUGACAUCAAGUACACUUCGAAGAUAACAUUAAGGCAGGCGCUCUGCGGAACGGUGGUCAAAGUUCCGACCCUAGCUGGAGAACAGCUAACCAUCAGUACUAUCGGAGAAGUGGUAAAACCAAACACCGUCAAAAGGCUGCAGGGUCGCGGCCUUCCGUUCCCCAAGGAACCUUCUAGAAAAGGUGACCUUCUGGUUGCGUUCGAUAUCCAGUUCCCCACCACCUUGAACCAGAACGCCAAGGAUAUACUGGCCGAUUUACUGCCACUGGAAGGGGGUUCCUAAACUGAAACAAUCAUUGGUAUCAGGCGCGCAAGAAAUGUUUCUGGAACAUUCUAGAUCAACGGAAAAUACGUCGUCGUCGCUUGUCUAGCGGUUUGGCUGUAUAGAGCAGAGAGGCUUCUCUUGUUGUAACAUUGUUGUUGUUUUUUGUGUGCUACGUUUCGUAAGCCACAUGGCAGCAAGUGAGAAGCAAGCAUGCCAACAAAAGUGUAAAUAAGUAUUGGACUGUUGGUGGGAAUGUGUGCGGAAUAUUUUCCCGCUGGCACAGGGAAUCCGGCGAAAGACACGCAGUGAACGUAUUAAAUGAGAAAAGUUUUCCACACCUUGUUCUUUUCACACUGGUUAUGAUAACAUCGUUCGGGAUUAAAUUGCGAGAGAGCGAGCGAGCGCGUGAAAGAACCUUGGACAUAACUCCGUUAUAAACAAUAUUAUUACUAUGAAGCUUUAAAAAUUUCAAGUUUGCGUUUUAUGUGGAUUUGAUUGAGGAGAAUUGCUGGCUGAAAGCGAAGUAAACCCAAAACUAAAAAUAUUCCCGAGUAAAAUGAAUUUGAGACUGAUGAAGUACCAACAGAUCCGGGGUCGGGGGAAAAAAGGGACUAAUUGCAUACACACGAGCGCGCGCGAGAGAGAGAGAGAGAAAGUGAGUUUGUGUAGCAAUCCAGAUGCUAGUGUAUAGAGAAUCACAACACUAAAAAUUUAUGAUGAUGUUGGCAAAGUACAUCUCGUUCGAGAAUAUACUAGAAUGUUGUGAUUAUUAUAACAUGUUUAGAUUGUUUAUUUGCCAAUUGCUGUAAAUAGUUGAAUGUCUGAAAGUAACAACUUUGCUGAAAGUUUCGAUGAUGAGAAGUCGUAUGUUUUUAAUUUAUGGUACGUUUUAGUACGAAAUGUAUAUUUGUAAUGAUAAUUAUAGCUGAAUAAAACAUUGAAUUGAAAAAAAAA